AUGGGAGACGUCGCCGUGGAGAGCCCGGCGAGCAGCCUCACGCCUCUUCACAAGCCAGGUGCACUGGACAACCUCGCGAAUCUGGAUUCUCUGGAGGGUACCGGAGCCGAUGGAAGUGAUGAAUACGCCACUCUGAAGAGGCUACAGAGACACCUUGAGUACGUUCCGUCGGAUAAAAGCUUGAAGAGGGAGCUUGUUCGAGCACAGGAAGAGAUUAAGCGGAUACAGAGUGUGCCUCUGGUGAUUGGGCAAUUCAUGGAAGCUAUCGACCAGAACACCGGUAUCGUGCAGAGCUCGACUGGCUCCAACUACGUUGUCCGCAUCCUGUCCACACUCGACCGCGAGAAAUUGAAGCCGUCAUCCUCGGUGGCCCUUCACCGUCACUCCAAUGCGCUGGUCGAUAUCCUCCCCCCGGAGGCCGACUCCUCCAUUGCCAUGCUGGGUGAGAAUGAGAAGCCAGAUGUGACCUACGCCGACGUUGGUGGAUUGGACAUGCAGAAGCAGGAGAUCCGGGAAGCCGUCGAGCUGCCCUUGACACACUUUGAUCUUUACCAACAAAUCGGUAUCGAUCCUCCCCGUGGUGUCUUGCUGUACGGCCCUCCGGGUACCGGUAAGACCAUGCUUGUCAAGGCCGUUGCGAACAGCACAACUGCCAGCUUCAUUCGUGUGAACGGCUCAGAAUUCGUACAAAAGUAUCUGGGUGAGGGUCCUCGUAUGGUUCGUGAUGUUUUCCGUAUGGCGCGCGAAAACUCACCAGCCAUUAUCUUCAUCGAUGAGAUCGAUGCCAUCGCCACGAAGCGUUUUGAUGCCCAAACCGGUGCCGAUCGUGAGGUGCAGCGUAUCCUGCUGGAAUUGCUGAACCAGAUGGAUGGUUUCGAGCAGACUAGCAACGUCAAGGUCAUCAUGGCUACCAACCGAGCGGACACCCUGGACCCUGCUCUGCUGCGUCCCGGUCGUCUGGACCGCAAGAUCGAGUUCCCUAACCUGCGUGACCGACGUGAGCGUCGUCUGAUCUUCACCACCAUUGCGUCCAAGAUGUCCUUGUCCCCCGAGGUUGACCUGGACUCUCUGAUCGUGCGCAACGAGCCGCUCUCAGGUGCCGUGAUUGCUGCUAUCAUGCAGGAAGCCGGUCUGCGUGCGGUCCGUAAAAACCGAUACAACAUCAUCCAGUCUGACCUGGAGGAUGCCUACCAGGCCCAGGUGAAGAGUGGCCAGGAUGAUGACCGCCCCGACUUCUACCGGUAA